GAGGAUAGAAGGAAGCAGAGGAAGGAACCCAGGAAAAUGAUUCAGAGAUGUAUAAUGCAUACAAGGGUCAUGGAAGGCUAUGUCCAAGUGGAUUCAAACCCAGGUCUUCCCGAUCUCCUGACCCACCCACCUCCAAAUAAUUCAAUUCCACCGUGCACCCUCAAAAAUUUCCAUUUGUUUAGUUAUAUUUUUUAAUCUACUUAAGUAAAAGUAUUGUAAUGUACUGCAGCUCCAUUCUGGAGUUAACAAUACAAUCUAAAAGCCUUUUAAAGCUGUAUGAGUGCAAAAAGUUUAGGUUAGUUGACAAAUAUAAAGAUCUUGUUGGGAUAUGGUUAUGUUUUAAUUUGUUCAAAUACAAAAUAUAGGGAUUCUUCAAAGUGUUAAUAAACACAGUUUUGACACUAAAGUCCUAAUAAACCUACCUUAAAGUAAUAGCGUUCAGGCAUGGUGUUGAUGCGCAGGCGCACUGCAUCUUCCCACGCCCUCCUUCCUCUUGUUGCCUAGGUAACGGAGGAGAAGAAAGGGAGGAGGGCUCGCAGCUAGAGAGAAGGAGAGGUACCCACAACAAUCUGCUCAUAUCGCCACCUCCGUGUUGGAUUUACAUCUCAUAUUUUUGUGGGACCGUAGCGGCCUAAAAAGACAUCUACAGACAUGUCAGAUAUCGUUCCUCCAGAAGUGAGACCCAAACCGGCUGUCCCCGCCAAGCCCCCUAAUGUGGGCGCUCCUUCCCCGUCAAGCCCCUUCCCACCCCAGUUGCCGAGCAUCGGAGGAGGGGGUAUAUCAGCUCCGCCUCCCAGUGCCAUCCCAGUUCCCAUUGGGAGUCACGGAACGAGCCAUGGAGGAACUCACGGUGUGGGUCACGGAGGUGCUCACAUUGGAGGACACAGUGGAGGUCAUAGUCACAACACCUCCAACAGCACCAGUGGCGGGGGGUCCACUCUGCUGGGUUACAUCGGUAUUGACACCAUCAUUGAGCAGAUGAGGAAGAAGACCAUGAAGACUGGCUUUGACUUCAACAUCAUGGUAGUGGGUCACAGUGGCCUUGGGAAGUCGACUCUGGUGAACACAUUGUUCAAGUCCCAGGUGAGCAGGAGGAGUGCAGGGUGGGGACGCGAUGAGAAGAUCCCCAAGACUGUGGAGAUCAAAUCGGUGUCUCACGUUAUCGAAGAGGGCGGUGUAAAGAUGAAGCUGACUGUUGUUGACACUCCAGGUUUUGGAGACCAAAUCAAUAACGACAAUUGCUGGGAGCCUAUUUCCAAGUACAUCAACGAACAGUACGAUAAGUUCCUUAAAGAGGAGGUUAACAUCACCCGAAAGAAGCGCAUCCCUGACACCAGAGUACACUGCUGCCUGUACUUCAUCUCCCCCACUGGACACUCACUGCGGCAGCUAGAUGUGGAGUUCAUGAAGCGCCUGAGUCACUCUGUCAACAUCAUUCCUAUCAUAGCCAAGGCCGACACAAUGACCCCUGAGGAGAGACAGGAGUUCAAACAGCGGGUGAAGAAGGAGCUGGAGAUGAACGGAGUAGAGUUUUACCCUCAGAAAGAAUUUGACGAGGACAUGGAGGACAAGAGUGACAAUGACAAAAUCAGAGAGGUCAUGCCCUUUGCUGUGGUGGGCAGCGACAAAGAAUAUCAAGUGAAUGGCAAGCGUGUUUUGGGGAGAAAGACAGCAUGGGGAGUUGUAGAAGUGGAAAACAUGAACCACUGUGAGUUUGCUCAAUUGAGAGACUUCUUAAUCAGGUCUCACUUACAGGACCUGAAAGAAGUGACUCAUAACAUUCACUAUGAAACUUAUCGUGCCAAGAGACUCCAUGAGAACGGAGGCCUGCAUCCCGUGUCCUCCAAUGACACCCAGGAAAGCAACUUGUAAUCAACGCCGAUACGACGCAGUACAUCAAUCUACAGUAUAGUAACAUUACUGGCAUGGUCGCAUGCUCAGAAAUCACUCCCGAUAUGUACAUAUCUGUGUCAUUUACUGUUAUUUUUUUAUGAUGCCACGCCCUGUUACGUAAGUAAGUAAAUAAUAAAUAAGGAAAUAUUUGGGUGUCCCACCCAGAGUCAUGGUGCCAUGAUAUUGAAGACUGCCAACGCCUUGUCAGUACUCAUAGGUUAGUUAAGCUGUGCAACGUUAUCAUCAUGUAUCUCAGAGCUAAUGUUAGUCAUUACUAGGGAUGCUGCUAUCGAUCGGCCACCCAUCAGUAUCAACCGAUUUCGAUAAUUAAUAGUCAAAAUCGGCAGCUUACACAGCUAAAAAGGUUGGUCAACAUUUGCCCCAUAUGCGUCACAGGCAGACGGCAAGGCAAAUAACCCCCCCAAAAUAAUUAAAUUCAAUAAUUGCAGCUGCUAAAGUCCUCUCUAAGUUUCAAGAGUGAUUUAUGUUGUCUUGAAACAGUUAAGCAGAAUAUUUUUUUGUCUAAAUGCGGAUUAUAUGGUUCCCUUUUUCAUAUUAUAUAGCCAAUAGCAGGGGUGCAGACAGGGAUUCUGGGACACAUGAGAAAAAAAAAUAAUUUUAAUAAUUACCGGCUACCUAUUUUUUGGUCAGUUCGAUUUUCAUAUUUCACUGAUGAGGAUCGGUAUGAGGAUCAGCCCUGAUUGGAGCAUCCCUAGUCAUUACUUUUCUGUGUAUUUUCUGCACUGACAUGUUUUAAAUUAGAACUAAUUCAAGGAAACUGCACUUUUUUGCAAUGUUUCUCAUGACAUGUCUCUUUUUGCUGUGUUCUAGAUGGCCACCUCGUGCUGGCCGUUUUUUCACUGACAGUGCAGGUAAUGUAGGAUUCACCUAUUUCACCUAUAAAGCCCUCUAAAAAAAUGUAAAUCCAAAACCUGUCAAAAACGCUCCACUUACAUGCUGUGACCUGGAUAGGAAUCAAGCUAUAGCAGGGGUCUCAACUCAAUUUACUUGGGGGCCACUGGAGCUCGGGUCUGGGUGAGACUGGGCUGCAACAGGUUUUCCAAAUAAACCAAACACAUUUAUUAAAAAACAAAAAAUUUAAAAAACUUUGCUUUGGUUCCAAUUUUCUACAAGAAAAGCUCUGAUAAAACAUUCCAUUGUUCUCUAAUAUCUUACUUUUUAUUUUUCUACACAAAAUAAGAUGAAAAAUAAAUAAACAAAUAAAGAAUAAAGAAAAUCAAUCAGUAAUAAAUAAAUAAAUAUAAUAAUAAUAAUAAAACGGCAAAUAAUAAAAACUUAAGAAACCACAUAUAGUUGGUGGGUAGACAAAUUAUUUUUCAGAUUAAAAUGAACAAAGCAUUAUUAGAGCCCUGUAGACAUGACAAAACACGACUACAGUCACAUUUAUACUUUUUUUUAUUUACAACAUAUUGCGCAACUGCAGGGUCUUGAGACACAUGCUAACUCGCAAACGAGAGAGCUAGCGACCUAAACGGUAGCCUUCAAGUUAUUUCCUUUAAACUUAAAUAGCCAAAAACUUACCACUUCCACACAGAUAGGGAGGAUAACUAUUAACAGUUAUUUAACCUUUAACAUGAACAUUAAUCAAAUGUAAUAAUUUUUUCUGGGUACAUGAUACCAUACAGCAUCCAUAUCAAACUUGCGCGGGCCGCUCUAACAUUAAACUUUCAUAUCAAGGCGGGGGCCUCAAACUAGUGUCCUGCGGGCCACAUUUGGCCCGUGGGCCGCGUUUUUGAGACCCCUGAGCUAUAGCAUUAUUGUAGGAGCUAACACUAAGGAAGUACUUUUCUGGUGUAGUAACACAGUGCCUUGCUCACUGCACCCCAGGCCACUGAGAGGUAGUAACGCUAGCUACUGGAGCUGCUGUAUAGCUUUUGGAGUGUGAAAAAGUUAAUGCUAGGUUAUAAAUCAUUGCGGCAAUGAGCUGGGCAUUAGCAAAAAGUGAUGUGUAACACAACAUUACGUAACGAUUGCUGUCCUUAAUGCGUUUGUGACAAAUUCGAGAAUGCAAUGGGAGUCAAUAUUUUCAUAACAAAAUGAUUCCGCGUAGGAGAUUAGGGAGGAAGAGAACAUUUUGGCUAUGGCAGUUCAUGGAGAAUUUACUGCGACGUCUGUUCCGAGGAGCGCGUGUGGGUGGCAGCUGUGGUGGAACAUCACUGACACUUUUUAAAUAUACAGUAUUCUAUUUUGUCAUAUUUUCAAAUGACAAGAAUAACCUUUGCCUACAACAUUGAGUACCUUUAUCCAAGUCUCGCAUGGUCAACCAUGCCAUUUGAUGACAUGUGACCUACACGUCAUAUGCGACCUGACCGUUCUGACUUCAGUGGAGCGGAUAAAUAACAGAUUUAUAUCAAGGCCUGGGUUGCAUUUGAAAAAAUUGGAAUGUGCGACAUCGCGAGGAGGACUUGCAAGAUGCUUGUUUAUUUUUUACCUAAGGACAAUGCUGAACUUAGCAGUUCAAGUCGUGUGCUGAAAGAUACAGCCAUCUCAUCAGUUUGCGUCCCAGUGAUAGCGGACAUUGUAAAUAACAGUUUGUCUCACUGUUUUUAUGUUAUUUUAUGUUUUUAUUUUAUGUUAUCUUAUUUUGUCUAAAUAUUUAGCACAGGGGUGUCCAAAGUGCAGACUCGUGGCCAUUUGUGGCAAGUGGCACUAUUGACACUACACAUUGCUCAUUGAUACAUUAAAACUGUCAAAAAUAACGCUUUAACGGCCGUAACUAAUUCAUUUCUUUAAUUAAUUUAAAUGUUUCAGUGUAAUUAACGCAUGCGCACCUGAGCAAGAUCGGGUCCACUGUCAUAAAUUUCAUUCUAACCCAAACACACACAGCAGUACAAUUCCAAAACCUGUAUGUAUCUCCAACUCAGUUUGUUUAUCCUUUCACAUUGUCAUUACAAGGCGAGAUGCAUUCAGGGACACUGCGAACAUGAAUUGGAUAUUCUUAUCACUCACUCUUAAAAGAGUUUGAGUUUGAUGUGGUGCGUACAUUUGAAGUGCCGUGUGCAGAGCUCAAGGUUGCUAUGAAAGUUCACGAAGCAGCACAUUUUGGGUCGCAGAAGGGGACAUCCCAGAGGAUGCACAGUGUACGGUAUGUGUAGCACGAGUGAUCAAAACUAUGGCGUCUAAAGAAUUAAUUCGGAUGUACAAUUUGUUACAUUUAAGUAUGCUGGGGAAAAAAAUUACCUUAAAUUACUGUCUUUUGAACACAACCUCCAUUGCUCAUAACAGUUUAAAGCGUGAUUCAAACGAAAGACAGCUGGUUAAUUGGAGUGGCAAAAAACAUGACGCAAUAUUAUGCAGUGGUUCUCAACUGGUUUGGUUCCGGAACCCACCAUCACUCUUCACUGUCAAGCGGUGACCCGAAUUUGCAAAAAAAUUGAAACGGAAACUUCUCAAAUAACACACACUUGCACUGGAGUUUUGAGCCGGUUGCAACAGUCCCUUUGAUGUAGACAUUAAAGUGCAGUUGGAAUUUGAGGGGUGCAAAAUAACAAGGAACAUUUAUUCAGUCAACGCUUAUCCUCACGAGGGUCGUGGGGGUGCUGGAGCCUAUCCAAGCUGUCUUCGGUUAAGAGGCGGCGUACACCCUGGACUGGUCGCCAACCAAUCACAGGGCACAUAUAGACAAACAACCAUUCACACUCACAUUCAUACCUAUUAACCUAGCAUGUUUUUUUGGAAUGUGAGAGGAAACCGGAGUCCCCGGAGAAAACCCACGCAUGCACGGGGAGAACAUGCAAACUCCAGACAGAGAUGGCCAAGAGUGGAAUUGACUCGGGUCUUUUAGCUGUGUGGCCUGCGCACUAACCACUUAUCCAACAAAGAACAAGAAGUUAAAAAUAAAGUCCAGUUUCUCCAAUUCAACAUUAUUUAUCAUGUAGAUCACCCCUCUGCCGCGGCCAAUAGAUCAAAUUUUACAAUUAAACAAUAUCAUCAUACUGUACCUGGUAGUCUGCAUUGUGGGCAGAAUUUUCCCAUGCUUUUGGCUUUAUUCCGCAUUCUCCUCCAGUAGUUAUCUACCUGUGUGUCAGACGAACACAGCGUCCACACAAUGUUCUUCCUCUCCAGCUCAAGCAAUAUAACGUACUUUUUGGAAAAUUUGCCCGAAGACAGCUGGGAUAGGCUCCAGCAUGUCUGCGACCCUCGUGAGGAUAAGCGGUAGAAAAUGAAUGAAUGAAUGAAGGUUAGGAGAAAAUAAAAAUAUAGGAAAAAAAGUCAUCAUACAAAUGGUAACCUUCCACUGUUUCCAGGACUGUUUAAUUUACUCCACCCCCCCGCCCUCCUCUAGGUACGCUCACUCCGCUGUGAUUGGUCACACUCUUAAGUGCUCCUGAUGACUUCUGGAUAUACUAGGUCUGCAGCCCGUAUAAGGAAGUCUAGAUGGCACUGACGUCAGUAGAACCAUCCAAAACUUCAAACCUCAUUAUCUGACGCUUUGGCAUCAUUUAACCAAUCAUUUAAUACAACUUUUUAACAACAUUUAUAGGUCAGAAAAGUGAAAAAAGUAUAAUUGGCCCCCUUUCAGAAGAAAUCGAGUGAACUUAGCAAGAUGCGAGUCAAGCCAAAACACUAAGUAUUACAUGUUAUCAUGAACAUAUGAUGUUACUACAUGGUUACAGCAUGGAUAUAAAACAUUGUUGGAGUUUUUUUUCAUGUUUUCUUUUAAGAGGGCUUUCUAGGCAUAAUAAGUGAAAAACUGCCAGCAUGAGGCAUGUGGCCUCAAGGGAAAGACGUGUUCUUGCAGUUUUCCUUUAAAGUGGCAAUGGUUUCUGAAAGGGUCCAUUCUAUAUAGCUGUUUUUGAAGAAGUGUGUGUCCUAUUUUAGAAGACAUCACUAGUAAUGCUUUUUAAAAUGGACAUACUCCUCUCUACCACUUGGUGGUAGCAUUCUUUCAGUGUCCAAUGUCUGCAUCCUUUUAAGAUGCUGCAGUCAUUUUUCGGUCUUUCCCUCCCAUUUUAAUAACAUUCUACAAGAUUCUAUAUCAUUGAUACUUUUAAUGUUUACUGUCAUGCAGCAGUGAACAAAUAUGCCAAAAACGACAUGCAAUUUUACUGAUUUUUACUGGUUCUCUUCUUUUUUGUGUGUGAGAAUUGUGCAUUUGUGUGAUUUUCAUUUAAGAUGUGAUGUCUGAUGUCCAAGUAGAAAAGCAGUAGUUUGUGAUUUUCAGUGGAAGUAGAAGCAACAGUACUACAUCCGUUCUGUUUCUGCUCUGUUUACGUGUGCACGCUUGAAUCCACAAAAUCUCGGUUACAAUUUAUCAGUCUUUUUUAAUUUUCAAUCUGUGAUAUUUAUUUCCAUGAAUUUGUUACAAAGUAAAACACUGCUGUAUCAAGAUAGACAGAACACUCUGCCAUUUCAUUUUCAUUUAUUAACUAGUUUCUGUGGUACAUUGAGGUAUAGUUUCUUAUGAUCUGUAUUAUUUAUUACCAUGUAUUCCUAAUUUAAUAAAUGCACAUUCCCGUA